GUGUUAUUAUCAAGUCUGUGCUAUAGCCUGAGGGCGGCAUUUACAUACAUUUGAGAUGGAUUCGAUCGAGCUGGAUAGUUACCCCCUGCUCCAAGAUGAUUCUUCUGUGUGUAGUAAUGACGAGAUGCUGGUAUACAAGCGGCCAAUUAGAAAAGGGAAAGAGUCUACACGGUACAAGCGAUUGGCAGAAGAUGAAGGAGAAAAGAUAGCAAUACCUCGACACUUGGGAUUAGCAGGAUGUAUUUGGUACAUCAUUGGCCAAGUGAUCGGUACAGGGAUCUUCAUCUCACCGGCUGGUGUGCUUCGGGGCACCGGUGGUUCCGUAGGCUGGGCCCUCAUCCUCUGGAUCCUGUGUGCCAUCAUCCAGUUCUGUGGAGCACUGGUCUAUGCAGAGCUCUCCCUCAUCAUGCGCAAGUCCGGCGGGGACUUCACCUUCUUGCUUCAGGCGUGGGGUUCCAUGAUGGGCUUCUCUAGGCUUUGGGUGACCACGUUCGUCAAUCCCUGCUCCAUCGCAAUCCAGUCACUCGUCAUUGCCAAGUAUCUCCUAACGCCAUUCUUUCAGUGUACCGAGGAGCCUCUUCUUGCUGUUAGGUUCAUCAGUAUCUGCUGCAUUCUUUUCAUUGUGUUCAUCAACUGUGUCAGCAUCAAGUUCUCUGCAAGACUAACCGGUUUUCUCACUUUUACCAAGAUGUUUGGUCUCAUAGCAAUAUUUGUGUCUGGCAUAUACAACUUGAAACAAGGUCAUACAAAGUACCUUGAAAGUGCCUUCUCCUCUGGACACCUAGAUGUAUCACUUCUUCCUGUGGGCUUCUUCUCAGGGCUCUAUGCACUAUCAGGAUGGGAAAUUAUUACAACUAUAACUGAAGAAAUUGAUCACCCAGUGAGGAAUAUACCUCUGAGUCUAUUUAUCUCUAUGGCAACCAUCACAGCUGUCUACCUCAUGGCCAAUGUAGCAUACUUUACCCUCCUCUCUCCAGCACAGAUGCUUGCCUCUGGGGCUGUAGCAGCGGACUACAGUGUGCUAGCUUUGGGGAACUGGUCGUGGCUCAUCUGGGUCUUUGUCGCGAUGUCUGCUCUUGGAAGUGCCAAUGCUAGUGUUAUCGCAAGAUCAAGGACUGUAUUUGUCGCUGCAAGAGAGGGCCUCUUUCCAGAGAUCAUGUCCAUGAUCAGUAUCAAGCACCACACCCCUCUACCCAGCAUCGUCAUCCUUCUUGUUGCCCUUGUGUACGUGAUCGAGGACGAUGUCAUCGUCCUCAUCGAGUACACCAUGUUCGUUGAUCUGCUCUUCAUCCUACUCACAUGCUGUAUCUUGCCAUACUAUCGCUGGAAGUAUCCAGACAUCCAUAGACCCUUUAAGAUUCCUCUCUUUGUUGCCGGCAUCUACAUUAGUUCUGUCAUCUUUCUCCUGGGGAUUGCAUUUUACUCGGAUCCCAUUGGAAAGUCAAUCGGUUUAGCCUUAGCGUUGACUGGUCUGCCAGUCUACUUUGCAUUCCUUCACCCAAAGUACAAGCUGAAAUGCACUGCUGCUAUAUCAGGAAAGCUAACACGGUGUCUACAAAGAGUAUUCUUCUGCGUUCGGCAGGAAAAGGAGACUUUCUAAGAUGUCCGCAAAACAAACUCACCUGUUAACUUAGCUACGUCGGGACCAAAUCCUAGUGUGUCUCAUCUAACUGAAAUGUUUCACGUUUUAAGCCAAUAGGCAUGGUCAACCUUAACUGAAAUGUUUGUUCUUUUUAACUCGGCAACGUCAGGACCAAUAUAUAGUCUGUCUGAAAUCUUACCGAAAUAGUUUUUAACUUGUUUGAGUCUUUUUUUUUCUUUUGGGGUUUCUCAAUACAUGUAAUUUCCAAGACACGUGAACCAAUAUUUUUGUGCUAUAAAUGUGUGUUGACAUUUAAUUUAUUUUUCACAAUACUUCCUCUCCAUUUUUUACAUUCAACAAUCGCAUUAUUCCAAGUAUUUAAAUUGUAUGAUACAUUGUUACAGAAAUUUGUUUUGUCUCUGAAUAAUUAUUUCAUUACAAGGAUAUUGAUGCAUGUUGGCUGUGGUUUUUUACAGCAAGUUUAUUUAUUCUUUCAUUCAUUCAUUUUUUCGGGAUGCUUAUUCACAUUCAUAUUUGUGGCUUACUACCUUGAAUAUUUUGCUGCCUGACUUGUGCAACCAGUUUCCAUAGAUGUUACGCACUUGGUUGAUUAGGUUAUAGAUUUGAAAUGUCGCGACUGCAGUUGAGCCUGUAUGGUUAAAGUACUUUCUUCAACUGUUUUUGUUAA